AUGCUACCCCUUUCAUUACUAAAUGCCGCUCAAGGCAAACCAAUGCUCGUAGAACUGAAGAAUGGCGUGACGUUUAAUGGUCAUCUGGUGGAAUGUGAUAAUUUCAUGAAUGUAACUUUGAGAGAGGUGUAUCAAACAUCAGCAGACGGAGAAAGGUUUUGGAAGAUGAAGGAGAUGUUCAUAAAAGGUAACAUAAUUAAAUACUUUCGUAUAGCGGAUUCGAUCCUUGAUACAGCUAUGGAAGAACAAGAGAAACAAAGAGCUGCUAAUAGACAACGUGGUGGUGGAAGAGGUGGAAGAGGAGGUGGUCAACAAAAUGUACGAGGAGGCCGAGGGGGACAAUCCGGUCGUGGAGGUCCACCAGGAAGAGGUGGUGGUCCAGGUGGCGGAAGAGGAGGUCCAGGUGGAAGAGGAGGAAGAGGUGGCGGUGGCGGUGGUGGUCAACGGGGUGGUAGGGGUGGAGCACAAUGA